AUGUUUCGUUGUGGCGUGCUCCUGCAGCUCGCCCUUUACUCCGUGGCGGAGGAGCUCGGGACGGAGACAUGUGCCCCUGGAACUCGACGACACCCAAGCUUUCCUCCUUUCGAUCUCAGCCACGGCGAGACGGCCGCAUGGUUCAAGAAGAACCUGCCUGCGCUGCCACCUCCGCCGACGAUGACUGCCGAGGAAAAGAUGUACGCACGAUGGUCUGCUGCUGAGUACAUCUCUGCCCGCAGGGCGGGUAAAGUGACCUGCGAGGAGUAUGCUGCUGCUCUGACUAAAAGAGCGCGCCACUACAAAAGCAUGAACCAGUUCAUGAACUGGGACAAUGAUCCUGAUUGGCCCGAGCGUGUGCUGGCUGCUGCAAGAAAGAUGGAUGCCAAAGCAAAGGCCGAAGGCAUCACGUCCAUCGCUCCACUUUAUGGCUUGCCCAUCCCUAUGAAAGGCACCAUGGCCACGAAGGAUUUCAUCUCCUCCGCAGGUGUGGGGAUUCUACAUGACUUUCGAGCCAAGGAUGAUGCGGAGUUCAUCAAGAUCGUGAUUGAUAAGAAUGGCCUUGUCUUCGGCAAGACCAACGUGCCAGAAUUCGCAGCUUCUCUUGUGUCGUGCAACUACGCGGAUGGCUGUACGUUGAAUCCUCACGAUCGCACGUUGACCAGUGGCGGGUCGAGCGGUGGCGCAGGCUCGGCGGUUGGAGCUUACUUGUCACCUGUCGCUGUUACCGAAGACACUGGUGGGUCCACCCGCGCGCCUGCGUUCUCCAACGGAAAUUUCGGUUACGACCCGACGCGUGGGCAUUUUCCAAAUGCUGGGAAUCCAGGAAUGGCCUUGAUCUUGGACCAGCUGGGCCUCAACGCCAGGAGUAUCGAGGACAUCCUGGCCAUUGAUUCGGCUGUAAGCGACUAUGACCCUUCCACUGUUAAGGCCAAGGAGGUCGGCAAGCUUCGGAUUGGUGUUCCCCGGUACCCGUUUGUGGAGUCCUACAUCCCAGCAGGGGGGGAUAAUCCUUUUGGCAUCGAGGCCCCGAUGGCCUACAUGCCCUCCAAGCCCAUCAUGGCCAAGUACGAGGCAGCCAAGGAAGCGCUGCGCAAGGCGGGUGCCACCCUGGUGGCCAAGGAGUGGCCCUCGGAAGAAGGUCAGAAUGUGCUGGCCAGGGCGUUCUUUCAGAUGAAGAUGGGGAAGGAAGUGGUCAGCCCGCACUUCCACGUCUUCUCCACGUACAUGGGCCAGGUGGCGCAGUGGAUGUAUGACUACCUUGGAGUGAAUGCCACGAUUGCCGAUGUCUUCGCGGAUGCACAGAGUGCGGGUGCUGGCCACUCCCCCAGAGGCUUCAUGGCGCUGUCGAGUGUCGCAAGCGAGGCGAAGCUGAACUUCAUCCUGCAGGAAUUGCGGGCUGCUGGGGCGGAUGCCUGGAACCGGCUCUUCGACGAGGAAAAUCUGGACGUCAUCUUGAUUCCCGGUUAUCUGCACACGCCCACCUACGAAUGCAUGGCCAGUUCCACUUGCGAGCACCAGGUGAAGAACCUGACCAGUGGCGAGGUCGUGUCGCGUGCGGAGUUUACCUCUGUUCAGUCGCUCUUCAUGCACACCUUUUCCAUGAAGCACAUCCCGCUGCCCAAGAUGAUGGUGCCCGUGGGCCUCGACCCGCAGGGCAGGCCCGUGGGGCUGCAGCUCCUGGGUCGUGCCGGCCCCCCAGGCUCCCGAGGCCUCGGCUACUCCUACGACACUGAGCUGCUUAAGGUUGUGGACUUGCCAUUCCUCAAGACAGCCCAGGCUGCUGUGGCCGCCAUGGUUGCAGCCGACCCUUCCCUGGCACGGGUGGAGCCUUCCCUGGUGCGGGGCAAGGACAACCUUUUCGAGUGA